ACCGGAAGUACGGCAGCCUAUUUCCGGAAGUAACAAGUGAGCGCUGUACACACUCGUGGUUCUUGAUAUACAAUAGUAACUUAAAUCGCUAUUUACCGGGAAAAGUAUCAGAAUAACUUCUGCAAGUUUGUUUACGAGUUAAACUUAGCGUCGCCACACUUUGUCAACAAAAACACAGCAGCACAGAAGGAGGUCUGUCCCACCUCACCACUGCAGCUGUCUUCAUGUGAUUAGUUAGUUUUCUUGGUGGAAAUCAUACACAGCCCAUUUGACCGAGCGAUAGAAGGCAGCUGUCUGACUGCUGAUGAUGGACGACGUGGAGGGAGAGCUGAGACGUCCUGAAGGAGACUUGGAUGAUGACCACAACCUUUCAGACAAUACCUCUUCCAGAAGAAAUAGAAAAUCCAUGUUCUCACCGGGUAUUCCCAUGUGUGUAGAAACAUUGAAGGAAACUGGGUUCCACCAGAGCACCAGGCGCUGUCUUGAGCGCAUCAGAGAGGCAAUGCUGCAUCAUAGAUGGCAGGAGGCAGCAGAAUUUAUGGCGUGUUAUCCCCAAACAUUAGAAAACACUACUCGCAGCUCCACAAAGCAAUAUAAAGAGGUUAUUUGGAGACUCAGCACUGAGAUCCUUCACCAUCACCACAACUCAAAGAUGGAGGAUUACAACAACAUCUAUGAACGAAUAAAACACUCAGGAGUAAAACAUUACCUGAUGAUCAGUCUGGAACAUUCCUUCCACAUGCUGCUCAACGGCCACAUUGAAGAUGCAAAGCGUCACCUGUUGGCUGCUGAAAGCUGGAGGUAUGGGAGAGAGUCAACGGACCAGUACCAGAAGGUGAAGCUGAUCCAGGCCUACAGGAGCCUGCUAGAUUACAUCAUCUGGUGUGACAAGAAGUUCACACUCUCUGGCGGCAACUUUAAUGACCCUGUGGGCAACCAGGAGAUGGAGAACUAUUUCAGACAGGCUUCUGUGAAUCUGAAGGAUAUUUUGAAAAAUCCUGGAGUCUGGGAUCAGUUCAUACUGAGUUAUGUUGAGAUGCUGGAGUUCUAUGAGGAUCACGAUGAGGCUCUGAAUGUCCUGAACGACUACGCAUAUGACAACAACUUUCCUCCUAAUCCCAAUGCACACGUCUUUCUGUACCAGUACCUAAAGCGACACAAUGCUCCGGGGACCAAACUGAUGAAAGCGUUGAAGAUCCUCUGUGUAUCAGUCCCCAGCCAUGAGUUGAUGUUGGAGUAUGGCUCUCUCCUGCUUCAGUCAGAGAAAGCCAGUCAUUUGCCCAAAGCUUUAGGAGUCGUUCUGGAAAUGCUGGAUUUCGCCUGCUGGAGGAGCAACCUGGACGUGUGGAAGCAUUUAAAAGCCGUCAUUCAGAAAUUACAGUUACGAGAAGACUGGAGGAAGGUGGUCCUUGAAAAAAUGGCGGGAAGAAAAGACUGGUGGCCGGUUCUUCACUUCACGAGCUUCCACGCCAGAAAAGACUCGGAGGAGAACCCAGAGCUGAUGGAGGUGAAGGCAUCACUCAGAGAAGUCCUCUGCCCGGAUAUAACUCUGAAGUACUGUGCUGCAGGGUCGAGCAGCUGAGAGUGGACCUGAAAGAGGAGCACAGAGAAAAUAUUGAAUUGUGUCGAUUCAGGGACGAGGCUGAGAUCCUUUCAGGAAUCAUCAGAAAACACGGACAAACGUUUCCAUGACGAAGAGGAGUUUUCAAAAAUGUGAAAAUAAUUUUUGAACAAGAUUUAUUUUUGUAAAAACAACAAAAAACAUUGUUCCCUCAUUUGCCAUGUUGCACCACGAGCUCUAUCAUGAAAGCGCAUGCUACACAGUCCAGCAUGUGGCGCUGUUGCUCUGUAUAUGUUUGCACUGAGUGUCUGGAGGGUAUGACCACCUGAUCUUGACAGAAACUGAGUGCUGCGCUGAAUCAGUGUUCCACGCUCGCUCUCAUGGUUUCUGUAAACAUCUUAAUGAGAGCUGAGUCUCGCUUGGGCCUCCACCGACCUUUGACCAGCGUGUAGGGGGGG